GUUGGAAGUUUCAGUCUUUGUCCAAGUUGAUUGGAGUACAGAAGUACUUUGUGCAUUUUCUUCAAACUGAACCCAAGUUUUAGUGAUGGUUCGCAUAAGAAUAAGUGUGGCAAUCACAUUUCUGAUGUUAAUAAUUGUUGGUGAAUCGAAGCUGGCUCCAACAGUUCGAUUGAACAAUGGCUACGAAAUGCCUGUGAUUGGCCUAGGGACAUUUGAGUCAACGUCCGGUGAAGUUGGACAAGCCGUGAAAGACGCUAUCGACGCUGGUUAUCGUCAUAUUGAUACGGCAUUUCUGUACGGAAACGAAGCUGAAGUUGGAAAUGCAGUUAAAGCAAAAAUUCAAGAAGGCGUGAUAAAGCGAGAAGACAUUUUUAUUACGACUAAAUUGUGGAACACGUUUCAUGAUGACGAAUUUGUGGAGAAGGCUUUUCAACGAUCAUUCGACAACUUGGACUUGGGCUACAUCGAUUUAUAUUUAUUACAUUAUCCAAUAGCGUACAGUCGUGUGGUGGAGAACAGUCGUCUCCCUCCGGGCGAUGUGAAUGCAUUCUAUGUAUUUCCAUUCGAAGAUGGUUCAAGCAUUCGAUGUUUAACAUCACAGAUACUGUAUCAUGUUUUUAGUGCGACUAGACUUUUCUGCAAAACGGCGAAGGCUGAUAUUGACUAUGUGGAUACUUGGAGAGCGAUGGAAAAAUUGGUGCAAAGUGGUCGCGUGCGAAGUAUCGGCAUAUCAAACUUCAACAGUGAGCAAACUGAUCGUGUGCUGUCAAUCGCUACGAUUAAACCGGUCACAAACCAGGUUGAAUGUCACCCGAAUCUGAAUCAAGUCAAUCUUAUCAAAUUCAGCGCUGCUAGAAACAUGACGAUUACUGCUUAUUCACCGUUAGGCAGGCCACACACGCCGGGAGGCCAGCGAUUGGCUAUCUCUGACUCGAGAGUCUCGGAUUUGGCGAAAAAAUAUCAAAAAACACCAGCUCAAAUCAUCCUACGAUACACGAUCCAAAACGGAGCAGGUUCAGUUAUUCCAAAAUCAACAAACAAAAAUCGCAUUCGCGAAAACUUUAACAUUUUUGACUUCGAGCUAAGCGAUAGUGACAUGCAAAUCAUGCGCACUUUGAAUAACAACCAUCGCCUAAUUGCAUAUGAAGGGGAUCAAGACAGUAAAUACUAUCCAUUCAACAUUGAGUUUUAGGCAUCACUGAAGAAAAGACUUUGCAUACAUGAAUUGUUCUAUAUUUUAAUCUCUUUAUUAAUCGACCCAAUAAAAAUAUUUCAAUAAACUUGACUUAAAAACGUAACAUAAAAUCUUUUUCCAUCUUUAUAUACCUUGCCAGUUUGAAGAAACGGAAUAUUACAAAAAAAGGGAUUUAACGAGUUUCUAUAUUCAAAACGCAAUCAGCUGUACUUAUUUAUAGUUGAACAAGUAUACGAUUUUCACACCACCAUUUUUUGAAAACUAAAAUCCUAAAGACACUUCGAAAUGAUGGAUUCUCAUAUAUACAUUUAGAGUGGCUAUUUUUGCAUUUUUGUAAUGAAAAAUAAUUUCUUCUUUCCAAAAUCCGGGCAAAAAUAUUGCCGGCACUUUGCUGGCAGCUAUUGGCAGAUCCUUAGUCCAAUACCGACCCUGUCGAAUAAAUUUUUACAGUAG